ACCCCAUAGGGCUCCCCCGGCAUAGAGCUCUAUAUACACUGGGUGAGCACAUGCACUCUUAGUGUGCCUGCCGGGUCGCGGAAAGGAGCGCUGGAGAGGAAGUCAACGGUCGCUAGCACAAAAUAAUCUCAGUUAAAAUUGAACAGCUGAAACAACAAGGAUGUCUAAAGGACCAGCAGUAGGAAUUGACCUUGGCACCACAUAUUCCUGUGUGGGCAUCUUCCAACAUGGCAAAGUGGAAAUCAUUGCCAAUGACCAAGGAAACAGGACCACGCCCAGUUAUGUGGCCUUUACAGACACCGAGAGACUGAUUGGAGAUGCGGCCAAGAACCAAGUGGCCAUGAAUCCAUCUAACACGGUGUUUGAUGCGAAGCGUUUGAUCGGUCGUAAGUUUGACGACACCGUGGUCCAGGCUGAUAUGAAGCACUGGCCCUUCAAGGUUGUGAAUGAGUCAAGCAAACCCAAGGUGGAAGUUGAGUACAAGGGUGAGGUCAAGACUUUCUACCCCGAGGAGAUUUCCUCGAUGGUCCUUACCAAGAUGAAGGAAAUCUCUGAAGCCUAUCUUGGCAAGUCUGUGACCAAUGCAGUCAUCACCGUUCCUGCCUACUUCAAUGACUCCCAGCGUCAAGCCACCAAAGACGCUGGAGCCAUUUCAGGGCUUAAUGUGCUUCGUAUUAUCAAUGAACCCACUGCGGCAGCCAUUGCCUAUGGCUUGGACAAAAAGGUUGGAAGUGAGCGCAAUGUUCUCAUCUUUGACCUUGGAGGAGGCACUUUUGAUGUGUCCAUUCUUACCAUUGAGGAUGGCAUCUUUGAGGUCAAGUCCACCGCGGGUGACACUCACUUGGGCGGUGAAGACUUUGACAAUAGAAUGGUGAAUCAUUUCAUCGGCGAGUUCAAACGCAAGUUCAAAAAGGAAAUCAACACCAACAAACGUGCCGUGCGUCGCCUACGCACCGCUUGCGAGCGUGCCAAGCGUACCCUCUCCAGCAGCACCCAGGCCAGCAUUGAGAUCGACUCGCUCUACGAAGGAACCGACUUCUACACUUCCAUCACCAGAGCCCGUUUUGAGGAACUCAAUGCAGACCUGUUCCGUGGAACCCUAGAGCCCGUGGAGAAGGCCCUCAGGGACGCAAAGAUGGACAAGUCCCAGAUCCACGACAUUGUCCUGGUGGGUGGCUCCACUCGUAUCCCCAAGAUCCAAAAGCUUCUGCAGGACCUCUUCAACGGCCGGGAACUCAAUAAGAGCAUUAACCCCGAUGAAGCGGUGGCCUAUGGAGCUGCUGUGCAGGCCGCCAUCUUGGCCGGUGAUAAGUCUGAGAACGUACAGGAUCUGCUCCUGCUGGAUGUCACCCCCCUGUCGCUGGGAAUUGAGACCGCUGGAGGAGUAAUGACUGUGCUUAUCAAAAGGAACACCACCAUUCCCACAAAGCAAACACAGACCUUUACCACUUAUUCUGACAACCAACCUGGCGUGCUCAUUCAGGUUUUUGAAGGAGAGCGAGCCAUGACCAAGGAUAAUAAUAUCUUGGGCAAGUUCGAGCUUACAGGUAUUCCGCCUGCUCCCAGGGGGGUCCCCCAGAUUGAGGUGACCUUUGACAUCGAUGCCAAUGGCAUUCUUAAUGUGUCUGCCGUUGACAAAAGCACCGGAAAAGAGAACAAGAUCACCAUCACCAAUGACAAAGGGCGACUGAGCAAGGAAGACAUCGAACGAAUGGUGCAGGAGGCCGAGCAGUUCAAGAGUGAAGACGAGGCCCAGAGGGAAAAAGUCACAGCAAAGAACGCCCUCGAGUCUCUGGCCUUCAACUUGAAGAACACCGUGGAAGAUGAGAAGCUCCAGGACAAGAUCAGCCCAGACGACAAAAAGGCCAUUAUUGACAAGUGCAACGAGGUCAUUUCCUGGCUGGACAGGAACCAGACGGCAGAGAAAGAUGAGUAUGAGCACCAGCAGAAGGAACUAGAGAAAGUUUGCAACCCCAUCAUGUCCAAGCUUUACCAAGGAGGUAUGCCAGGAGGAAUGCCUGGUGGGAUGCCUGGUGGCUUCCCUGGUGGAGCUGAAGGAAGCUCCUCUGGCCCAACUAUUGAGGAGGUUGACUAAACAACCUGCUUUUGAAGUCCUGAAUUUUCAUAUCCUUACAUUAUAGUCUUAAGGCUCUGAAUACUCACCAAAUUAAAAAAAAGUCAAAAGAAAUUAAUACUUUCAAAUUGUGCAUUUUUUUUCUUUUUAUCAAAAAAAAAAAAGGAAUGCUUUCCGAGUAUACGGCAUAUUUUUAAGCUAAAAUUCACGUAUCAGGUAAAUCCAAGCUAAAAUGUUGUCUAAAUUUCGAUUGACAUAAAACAAGUCAACAAAUAUUUCCUGUCUUAAUUAAUACUACUUAAAUAAAGAUUGAGAUGGCAA